GGAGGAGGAGCCGCCGCCGCUGCUCGGGCUGCUGCUCAUCCCUCUCCGGCGCCCGCAUCCUCCUGCUGCAGCGCGCCCGGGGGGAGGCAGAUCAAGUUUGGAUGCCUUGAAUUCAUCUUACCCUUUCGGGUAGAGAACACACUGUGAAAUGGAAGAAUACUAAUGAAAACCACUAGGUUCUGUCUUUGUUUGGAAGUCUGAAAGAGAUCAAUGUGGUCUUAGAGAAAGGAGGUCACUGGAAUCUAACCGCCGUGAUGAGUUCAGAGGAGAAAGGUGUAUCUCCUGCUCACAGAACCUCUACACCAUCUCAUAGAAGUGCCUCUAGUUCAUCCUCUUCCCAGCGGGAGAGUAGGCAAAGCGGCCAUGUCUUAGAGCGGAAUAUGUCUACUGGAAGCACAGACCCAGUGAUCAGCAAACAGUUGGUAGAAAAUGAGCCUGUCACAUCUAAAGAACCGGACAGCUGGGAAAUCAUCGAGGGCCUGAAGAUUGGUCAGACCAAUGUCCAGAAGCCAGACAAACAUGAGGGAUUCAUGCUGAAGAAAAGAAAAUGGCCUUUGAAAGGUUGGCACAAGCGCUUUUUUGUCCUGGAUAAUGGAAUGUUGAAAUACUCAAAAUCACCAAUUGAUACUCAGAAAGGAAAGGUCCAUGGGAGCAUAGAUGUUGGCUUAUCAGUUAUGUCAAUUAAAAAGAAAGCUCGUAGGAUAGACCUUGAUACGGAAGAGCACAUCUACCAUUUGAAAGUAAAAUCCCAGGAUUCAUUUGAUGCUUGGGUGUCAAAGCUGCGCCACCACAGACUGUACCGUCAGAAUGAGAUUGUACGAUCACCACGAGAUGCCAGCUUCCACAUAUUCCCUUCUGCUUCAACCACCGAGUCUUCACCCGCUGCUAAUGUCACUGUAUUGGAAACAAAGGUUCCACAGAAUAGCUUCCCAUGGCAACCAUCCAUCCCUUGCAGUAGUAGCCUUCCUGCGACGUGCACCACUGGGCAAAGUAAAGUAGUGGCUUGGUUGCAGGACUCUGAGGAGAUGGACAGGUGUGCAGAAGAUCUCGCACACUGUCAGUCAAACCUUGUGGAACUCAGUAAAAUUCUUCAAAACUUAGAAAUACUACAGAGAACUCAGUCAGCCCCAAACUUCACAGAUAUGCAGGCUAACUGUGUAGAUAUUUCAAAGAAAGACAAGCGUGUCACAAGAAGAUGGCGAACAAAAAGUGUCAGCAAAGAUGCUAAAAUACAACUUCAGGAAGGGACAGCUCUGAAGGGCCAGUUCAGCACUGCACGACGCCGACAGAGACUAGCAGCAGCAGUGGCCACAACAGUUCCUUUCAGUGCUACAAUGUCUCCCGUCCGCCUGCAUUCCUCCAAUCCUAACCUUUGUGCAGACAUCGAAUUUCAGACUCCUCCAAGCCACGUAUCUGACCCCCUGGAAAGCUCCAUGGACUACAUAAAACUUCAGGAAGAGUUUUGCCUCAUGGCACAGAAAGUGCAUUGUCUUCUGAAGUCUGCCUUCAACAGCAUAGCGAUAGAGAAAGAGAAACUUAAGCAGAUGGUUUCGGAACAAGAUUUCACAGGACACAAUACGCAGAUCACGCGUCUCAGACAAUCGCUUUCUCAGGCUCUCAACCAGAAUGCUGAACUAAGGAGUCGUUUGAACAGAAUACAUUCAGAGUCUGUUAUUUGUGAUCAGGUUGUCAGUGUAAAUAUUAUCCCUAGUCCUGAUGAGGCUGGCGAACAGAUCCAUGUCAGUUUACCACUCUCCCAACAAGUUUCUAACGAGAGCAGACUUUCCAUGUCAGAAUCGGUCUCUGAAUUCUUUGACGCACAGGAGGUGCUUCUGUCAGCCAGCUCUUCAGAAAAUGAGGCUUCUGAUGAUGAAUCAUACAUCAGUGACGUGAGUGAUAACAUAUCCGAGGACAACACCAGCGUUGCAGACAACAUUUCUCGGCAAAUACUUAACGGUGAGCUGACAGGAGGAGCUUUCAGAAACGGACGACGGACUUGUCUUCCAUGCCCCUGCCCUGAUACUAGUAACAUAAAUCUGUGGAACAUUUUGAGAAAUAAUAUUGGGAAGGAUCUCUCCAAAGUGUCCAUGCCUGUAGAGCUAAAUGAGCCUCUCAACACUUUGCAGCACCUUUGUGAAGAGCUGGAAUAUAGCGAACUCCUGGACAAGGCCGCAGAGAUGGAUGACCCCUACGAACGCAUGGUCUUGGUCGCAGCCUUUGCAACAUCAGGAUAUGCCUCCACGUAUUACAGAGCAGGAAGCAAGCCUUUUAAUCCUGUGCUUGGCGAGACUUACGAGGCGAUUAGGGAAGACAAAGGAUUUAGAUUUUUCUCAGAGCAGGUUAGCCACCACCCACCCAUUUCAGCCUGUCACUGUGAAUCAAAGAAUUUUGUAUUUUGGCAAGACAUCAGGUGGAAAAACAAGUUCUGGGGGAAAUCAAUGGAAAUCCUUCCCAUUGGAACACUGAAUGUGACUCUUCCAAAGUAUGGGGAUUGUUAUGUAUGGAACAAAGUCACUACUUGCAUACACAACAUCCUUAGUGGAAGGCGAUGGAUAGAACAUUAUGGAGAAAUAACUAUCAGAAACACAAAAAGUAGCAUCUGCAUUUGUAAACUCACCUUUAUCAAGGUAAAUUAUUGGAAUUCUAAUGUAAAUGAAGUUCAGGGUGUUGUCAUGGACCAAGAAGGGAAGGUGGUGCAUCGCCUUUUUGGAAAGUGGCAUGAAGGAUUGUAUUGUGGAGUUGGGCCUUCGGCAAAAUGUAUAUGGAGGCCAGGCUCCAUGCCGACCAAUUCUGAGCGUUAUUAUGGCUUUACAAGGUUUGCCAUUGAGUUGAAUGAGUUGGAUCCUGCUCUCAAAGAUUUUCUUCCAAAAACAGAUGCACGAUUCCGGCCAGAUCAAAGGUUUUUGGAAGAAGGGAACUUAGAAGCAGCAGCAGCAGAAAAGCAAAGGAUAGAAGAACUUCAGAGAAGUCGAAGGCGCUACUUAGAAGAAAACAAUAUGGAACAUGUACCAAAAUUUUUUAAAAAAGUGGUUGAAGCCAAUCAAAGAGAAGCUUGGGUUUCUAAUGAUACAUACUGGGAACUCCGAAAGGAUCCUGGCUUCAGUAAAGUAGAAACGCUCUUCCUCUGGUAAACUGAGAAUGUAGAUCUAGUAACAUAUCACUCUUUAAAAGAAAAAAAGACAAAAAAAAACUAUGCACAACAUGUUUCUUAUAGCUAAGGGUGGUUUGUGGGUCUGCAAGAAAACCUUCAUUUGCUUUUAUAUUCAUCUUUAUAAUGGACAUCGAAAAGUGCAUUAGCCCAGACCCUGAGCAUUUCUGCAGCAGUCAUUUCAUUUACGAAAAGAAAACAGAAAACAAACACACCCUUUAAAGAUUCAAAUACGGAAAAUGCAGCACAGGAGAAGCGUGUACAAGUUAGCCAAAGUUGCUCUGAAGAGUAUCUGGUGCUUACAAUAGACAUGGAGCGUUCCAAAAGAAAAACAGAUAUUUUUAUUUAACUAACUUGCCUAGAAUGUUCAUCUUGUUAUGAAGUCUUGAAUCACAAGACUCUUUCAUGUAUAGCUUCAGGUUAGUUCCUUGAUGUGAUGUGCUUGGACUGGCCAUAUCAAAGAAGAAAAAAAAGACAUAGUGCUUUUUUGGAAGCUCUUUGCAUCCAUAUACCAUUGUUCAUGCCUUAAAAAUAAUGUGAAAUUGUACAUUACAUCAUUUUAAAGUUAUGUAUUCUUAGACAUUUGUUAAGGGCAGAUUUUUAAAGCGUUAGGGUUUUGUUCAUAUUAUAAAUAAUAGAGUGUAUUAAUUUCAGAGGGAGGAAAUGCAGGGACUGUAAAGGGAUAUUUGCUUUAACAUUGAUGUAUGGUCAGGUUGAAAGAAAGUGGCUAAUUUUGUGGCAACCUUGGCAGCAAAUCCAAGGUCAUAUUCUUGAUGCCUGAUGCUGUGAUAAAUAGUCCAUCUCUUACCUUGAGUUCUCAUGCCUCAGACUUUGUCUCAUUUCUCAUAACUCUUCAUACAGUUGGAAUUCCUUGAAGUGUCACAUGAGUGUUAAGCACAAAAAGAUGCUGGAAAAGCAUGUGGCUCUUUUUCUCUUAACAUUUUUCGCCUCCUGUCUCUAGCCAUGUUCUCUGAUGCUCGCUAUAUACUUUCAUUGCACAUAUCAUUGGGACUUUGGUGGGAGGAGUCAUGCAACACACAAAGGGUGCUGAUGGCAUCUUACUGCUUUCAAUGUGCUUUUUUAUACCAAAUUAUAUUUUAUCAUUGUUCAUAAAACAACUUUAUUUUUUUUGGAUAAAGAACAAAAACCUAGAUGGUCAUAGAGUAGCACCCAAUGGCUGCUGUCUGAAAGGAAAACGAAGUGGUUUUGCCUUACUGGUAAUCUUGUCUUUCGUUAAUGCCAAGAGACUUGGUUUACAUCUUUUGCAUCUCUUGGCCAUUGAGAACAGAUGAGAUUCCUUUGUAUAUGUUGCAAAACAAUAUGUCUUCAUACGUCGCAUGCAUUCCUCUAUUUUUCCCCGUUUGUUUGUUUUCUUCCUCAAGUCUAAAGCUCUAUAGAGAGACUGGUGAUUGGCAGUCUUUAUGAGAAUAAGUGAUGCGACCACAGUUGUCCGAAAACAGAUGUCAGUAAAAGCUUUGUUAUCCGGUACUCAUGGGGAAUGCUGUAUAGUUAAGUUUAUUGCUCUGCCCCACCCCCUACCCAGAGGAAUCCAGAACAACUAAACCCUACCCUACUGGGAACACCCUGGCAACAGCCCACACACCUAGCUAGAUGCUUCUCUUUCUCCUUUAAAGCUGUGGCACUGUACUACAUAGCCAGCUGCCCAGGAGCCCUCCAGUAGAUUGGCUUCCAACAGCUCGAGGCAAGCGGAGGGGGAAGGAGGCACCUGAGGGUGAUGUCAUCAGGCAGCGCCAGCUGUCAGAAGCUCAGCAACAGCCAGAGGCAUCAGUCUGGUCAGCUGGAGAGGCGAGAAUGUGGCACACAGACACCCAAGGUCACGGAGAUAUGGUGGCUGAGAGGGAGGAGAUUGCCCUCUGGGCGAUGCAGGAUAACUGAGCAUUCUGGAUAAUCAAGUGCUGGGUAACAAAGCUUUUUGUGUAACUAUGUUUAAUGCAUACAUGCUGCAUUGUUGGUUUUCUUGAUUUCCAAGGCCAUCAUAUACAACAUCUGUCAAACAAAUAUGCAGUAAAAGGCUCCAUGUGUUUUGCUGGGCAACUUUCCGGCAAAACUUACUGCCACUUGAGACAUACGACAUAGUAUAGUCACUAAACAUGCAACUCUAUCUUCUCUCUGAGUUUCACUUGCCACUCGUGGGCUCCGUAGUUUCACUGAGGCUUAAAUAUAUCCAGGAAUAUCUAGAAAUAUAAUGGUGAUGAUCACAUUAUGAACUGUAAACUUAGCAGAUGUUCUACUGGCAUUUUCAGAAUCCUUGUAACGUAAGCUUUCAUUUUCCAAAAAGAACGACUUGCUAGUUGUUAGGGCUGUGGUGAAAAGCCUGACAGACACCUCUUUUUCCCUGUAUUCUUUCUUGCUUAUUUUUGUAUAUUUGAUAAACUGCCAUCCAAACCUAACCAAACUCUAAACAAAACAGCAGAUUUGUCACAGUAUAAUAUUAAUUUCAUUUUAUCCCACCCUUCUUCCAAAGAGCUCAGGGCAAUGGGACAUGGUUCUCUACUGUAUGCGGUAGCUUAAAGCCGAGAGAAUGGUCACCCAGGGUCAUUUGUGUUAGAGUCAGGAUUUGAACCUGCAUCUGAACCCAGUCUUAGUCCAGCUCUCUAGCCACUAUGUCACAGUCUCUAAUUAUUGAAAGUAAACAAAGCAAGGGUGAGCAGCAGGGCCUCUUUGCUCUUGUGGCAUUCAGUGCAAAUUCACCUUCUCAAGGUUGGAGAUCAGAGUGAUUAUGGUGGUUACAAUAAUAGCUGCAUUCAAUUUCCCUCAUUCUGACUUGGUAAAAUGUUGCUGGGAAAUACCAUUGAGUUAAUAUUUUGCUUUCCAUUUAACAAUUACCCUGUUUGGGGGACCUUGUGCUUUUUUCAAAGAUAAUAGCAGAAUUCAGACAUCAUGAAUAAACCUCUAUUAACUAGUCUGCUUUAUGAAUCACAUCUAAUCACAAUUAUGUUGUGGUGUCCUAACUGAGGUGCUUUAACAAACUGGUGUUCAUUUCUUGCCUGCAAACCAGAUUUCUAAACCAGAGUUUAAUCUUGGUUUUAAAAUCCCAGUUUGUGGCCAAGAAACAAACCCCAAUUUAGGAAGUCAAUUUAGGAACUCUUCACUCUAAUCACGUUUUAGCAUGAUUAGAGUGAAUACUUCCUAAAUGAGGAAGUCUUCAAACUCAGAUCUUCCUAUGAAGGGAAGAAGGAGAGAGCAUAAAGGCCCAAAGAUUUCAG